GCUGGUAUCAGCGUGUGCACGUGCGAAAUUUAAGUUGUGGUCUCUUCUGCUAUUGUACUGCUCCGCAUUCGCCGUUCACUGUAGUACUCUGUGGUGAGCGCUGUAUUUUGUCGUGAGAUAAUCGUGCAAGCUCCCGUCGGCUCUGUGCCUGCGUCACUCGCGGCCGAUGCCGCCCAAAAGGCAAUUUGGAAAGUACUUAUGGGACCCGUCCAUCGACGUUCCGAUACGCUCAAAAUACAGGUUCAGAAAACGUUCAUCAGUUGGCGCUUCGUCUACCGCGUUGGACAAGGAACGAGGUUCUGCAGAUGCCAGUGAAGAAAGUUCGCGUGAAAGCGAAGCAGACGCUGACACAGGCCACAUAGCACCGUUCCCUUCAACUGCUAGUGCAACUGAAGACAGCCAUAUUUUGGAAACCACGAGUGAAGCCUCGUCGACCUCGUCCUCCGAGGACAGCGAAUCGGAAGGCGACGCUGAUGUAUAUCCUCACCACGGCGAGCAGCAUUUUCCGAGAGGCUGGAAGGAUGAGUUGGAUGAAAACCUGUUUCCGGGAUCCAAGCUUACGAAAGCCGAAAGCCUCCUAAUGGUCAUGGCCCACAGCUUGCGCCAUGGCUGCUCAAAAGAAGCCACCGAGAGCCUACUGCAGCUUCUUAGUGCUCACUUGCCAGAAGGUGUCAAAUACCCGACAUCAAAGUAUACCUUUUUUCGACACUUUGCUGGUGCUGAAAAGCAGUAUGCUAAGCAUUUCUACUGUAGUACGUGCUCUGGGUAUAUUGGUGAAUUACCAGGAAAUGAUGUGGUCUGCAGUCACUGCAAUAUAAACCAUGAGAGUGGCAGCUUAUUGAAAAGCUCAUCAUUUUUUCUGGUGAUGGACCUCAAAGGCCAAAUUCAAGAUGUGCUGGAGUCUGGAAAGCUCCAACGCAAUAGUACAGGCACUUCCUUUGAUGUAUGUGACAUCACGGAAAGCUUUCAAUACAACAAGUUGCCCGUGACUGCGAAUGACAUUACCUUAACGUUUAAUACUGAUGGUGUGCCCCUCUUUGAAAGCUCCAAUGCGAGCAUGUGGCCACUUCUUUUGAUGGUUAAUGAACUGCCUUACAAACAACGUGUGCAAAAUCUUUUGUUAGCUGGGCUGUGGUUCGGCACAGGUAAACCAUCAAUGAACUGUUUUUUGACCCCAUUUGUAAAAACGAUGAAUGAGCUGUCAUCCACUGGAGUUGUUUGGAGGGACAGCAGUGGUGUGUCGCACACGUCAAAAGCAUUUCCUGUCCUUGUGCAGUAG